AGCAACAAGUAGAAGUGUGAACCAUACGAAUAUUAGUGUGAAACAAUCUUCAGAUAUUCAAAUAGAAAAACCGUUUAUUCUAUUGUAAACAAUCAACUAAUUGUGAGGAAAAACAUAAUUUAAAAUGAGAGCAUCGACACAAUUACAUGCAAUGAAGAUACUUCUGGUGCUAAGUUUCUUCACUGUGAUCCUGUGUUUCCCGACUGAGCGAGAAAAGGUUCCCGUAGCUGUUGAGACCUCAGCACAAAUCCAAUCAGCGUUAGCUGGAUCAAAACCUUCAACCGGGUUUUCCGUACCAACCAAUGUGCAGAAUAACCCUAGCAGUCGACCGAAGCGAGAGAUAAUUUUCCGCCCAUUGUUCGUCUAUCGCCAAGAGGAGCUACGAAAGGAGCGAUAUCGGGAGCAAAAGGAUUACUACAAACAGCUGGAAAAAUACCGGGCAUGGGAAGAGUACCAACAGUCGCUGCAAUCAAACUUAGUCUAGAAAACACAUACAUCGAAUUUCAUUCGAAUGCCGGGAAUUAUUCCCUACGGAUUUUGUACCUUGCUAUUUUGUAGCUGUAUUUGUUUUACCUGAUGUCAUCUUUAAGCAGUAAUUUAUUUUAUGAACAACAUUUUUAGUUGAGGCUAUUAGUGAUAGGAGUUGGUGAUGCCACCAAACA